GGGGAAAAAAGGGAAACGAAAAGCAUCCUCCUACACGCUGCAGCCAUCUUGGUCGCACUCCUCCAUUCUGGACUCCACGUCUGAUUUUUUUUUACGCUCUAACAAGACUGGAAUGAUGUCCUCCAAAUUGAAGUGGCUGAUUGUGAUCCAGCUCCUGCUGAAUGAACAGGCUUUGUGCAGGAUUCCACCUCCUCUGGCGCUGAGAAACACUCCACUUCCAGGAGCUGACUUCAAUGAAGCGGGAAAGGAAACAGCCAAACAGGAUCAUCCGUCUCUCCUGGGACCCAAACUCCAGCUCGAUAUUCCAUCCGCAGAAAUCCCCAAUCCUGCCCAAAUAGAGGAGAGAGUUCGAUCUGCUGAAAAUAUAAUAUCAAUCCUCAGGGCGAAGCUUCCGGGGCAGAUUCAAGAUCACCUCCACAUUCAGGGGAACGUCAGCUGUGAGGAGCUGCUAGCUGCCAGCACCGUGGAUGACCCAUCAUCCUCCAUGUUCCCACAGGAGCUCCUGGGUCUCUCUUUAGUGCCUGUGUUGGUGGUGGCAGGCUGCCAACAGGAAGCACAAACCCUGGUGCUCAAGCUGUAUGACCUGCUGGGAGUGGUGGACACGGAGGAGCUCCUAAUGGAGGUGGAGGGUCUGAUAGAGAGGAGGGGGAGCAAGUCUGCAUCCACGCCUGCACCUGCAUCAUCGCCUUUAGGGAGGAAUCAAGCAGGGUGCCACAUGGAGGCUGUGAUGUUUAACAUCCAACAGCUGACCAUGGUGGGAGACGGUUCCACCAAGCAUGAAGGGCAUUGUGAGGGCUGGACCAGGGUGAGUGGAACCACACUGGCAGGAACAGCUAUGGAAGGAGCCACAGGUGAUCUAGAGGAGGCUAUGAGUGCCUGUGAGAGACUGGGAGUCCUGUGUGCUGGUGUGACCAGCAGUGGACCACUCAAACCUGGAAAGUACCAGGGAGUGUUGAAGAAAGGCAGCCGCGUCUUACCCUCUGAAUCCACAGAGUCUGAAUGUUGGAUCCGUCAGUGCAGCGCAGAUGAGGAUGUUCUGACCUCCGCUGCUUCGGGCCGACGGGUGAGGCGAAGCCCCCAGAGGAGCUGCAUCAACAAAAGCGAGGAGCGUGUGUACAACGUGGUUGAGUGGAUCCCUGCAGUCAGCACCCUCUACAACCUCGGUACAGCUGUGUAUUAUGCCUCAGUGAACUGCUCUGAGACAGCGAAGGAGAGAGCCAUCCUCAGCGCGGUUGACCUCGGCACAGAUGCUCUCAUGGUGGCCACAGGGGGGACUGCCGGAGUGGCAGGCUACGCACUGGGCGCAGGGGUGAAGACCGGUGUGAAAGCAGGCGUCAGGUAUCUGCUCAACUCCAUGAAGCAGGAAGAUGACGUGCUGGUGAACCAGUUCAACCGGGAGGAUGGCGUCAUCACUGUCCAGUAGACUAAAGGAUCAAUAAAUCAGCAUGUGAAGCUUUAGCAAUAAAUAUCUUUAUAUUUAGUUUAUAGAUUAAAUAAAAAAAGACAGUAACACAGGAUCAAUGUUUGUUAACUGACAUAGUUGAUUUGGGUUUACCAGGCGUUAAAUAAUCUAGAUUAUUUGAAAAAUAAGAUUACACAUUUUUGUAUUACUCAGUGGAUCAUCAGAAUGAAUUUUUGAA